AUGAUCCUAUGGAAAAUGUCAUCCGAUUCUAUGAUUGUAUAUAAAGUGUCAUUAUCUCAAGAAUUUGAAGACAUGGCCAACGCUUCCAACCAUACGCUUCCCAUUGGAGAUGAAGACAAUAUUCAAUUUUAUGGCGAAGAAUUGACCCGUUUUGCCGACUUUUACCGACCAAUCCAUGGAUACCUAAGUUUAGCCGUUUGUGUGUUUGGUAUUAUAGCCAACGUUCUCAACAUAAUUGUGUUAACCAGGAAGAACAUGAUCUCAGCGACCAAUUCAAUACUGACAGGAAUGGCGGUGUCGGACAUGUGUGUCAUCGCGUCUUACAUUCCGUUCGCAAUCCAUAACUUCAUCAGAACUGAAACCGACGAAGAAGUGGUGAACGCUUACGGGUGGGCCCUCUUCACCCUCUUUCACGCACACUUCACUGUCAUCUGUCACACCAUCUCUAUCUGGUUGACAGUCAUCCUCGCCUUUUGGAGAUAUCUGGCCAUAAGAUCUCCACAAAAUAGUAAGACGUGGUGUUCAAUGAAAAGAGCCAAAUAUGCGAUAGUGGAUUUCAGUUCAAUAGCCAUACAAAACGACGAAUUGCUACAAAAGCUUAACUUUUGGAUGUUUAGUGUACUCUUGAAACUGAUUCCCUGUGUUUUGUUAACAAUACUGAGUUUAGCAUUGGUUCGCGUUUUAGUCGAAGCGAACAAAAGGAAACAAAGACUCCUUUCAUCGUCUAUACCGAUGAAAAACAACACAAACAACUCGUUGGCGAACAACACAACCAACACAUCGCCUAAGAAUAGCACCGGCGGUGAAAAGACGCGAAACUCAGCCCAACAGAGCAGCGAUCGGACGACCAAAAUGUUGAUCGCAAUACUCAUUAUGUUUCUCGUCUGUGAGUUUCCGUCGGGAAUAUUAGCCCUUUUGAGCGGAAUAUUUGGCAAAAUAUUCUUUAAUAACGUUUACAACAAAUUCGGUGAUUUGAUGGAUAUGUUGGCACUCAUUAACUCAGCCGUCAAUUUUGUACUCUAUUGCCUAAUGUCUCAACAGUUUCGCAACACUUUUACCAAAUUAUUUUGUAUGAAAUACGAAACGGAAAAUAUGAGGCAAUCAUACCAUUUGACCCAAUCAUUCAAAGACACCACUUGUAAUACGGCU